AUGGGCUUUGCCAUAUUCAUCUUCUUCUGUGCGCUCGCCUGGUCGUCAUUUACAGAUACUGAGGCAGGAGACAUAGUGUCCAUGUAUAGUGAUGAUGCUAUCCCCAUCCACCUCCGUGGAGGUACCGCCAGCUCCGGCCGUGUCGAGGUCUUCUAUAACGACCAAUGGGGCACGAUCUGCGACGAUGGGUUCGACCUAGACGACGCCAUGGUCAUCUGCCGGGUCAUUGCCCUGAAGGACUGUCCACACAGCGGCUGGGGGGUCGCUAACUGUAAACACGAGGAGGACGCGGGCGUCGAGUGCUCGGGUACACCAUCUGCAUCUGAGCUGUUCCAGAUACUGAACGACCAGGCCAAUGCACUGAUUCAGCAUGGUGCGAUACUUGACGACCACGAGACGACAAUCGCAACCAUACAGAACGAAAUAGACCACCUGGCUGCCGAAGUACCUACCUUGAUACAGGCCAACACCUUACAGAAUGGUGAGAUCAGUCAGCUACAGCAGCUCAUGGCUACCCUGGACUACAAGGUGGACGAACUCAACAACAUGGCAGUUUUUCCGAUCCGCCUAAUGGGUGGAAACGCGUCACACGGGCGAGUCGAAGUGUGGCACGACGGCCAAUGGGGGACGAUCUGUGACGACAGCUGGGAUAUCAACGACGCCAGGGUGGUCUGCAGACAGCUCGGCUACAAGGACGCCAUCGCCGCCUACGAGCAUGCCAUGUACGGGGAGGGUACAGGGCCGAUCCUGAUGGACAGUGUCGGCUGUACCGGCUCGGAGCCACACCUGGCCGCUUGUUCUCACGAGGGAUGGACUGUGCACGACUGCAAGCACGAAGAAGACGCCGGGGUUGGCUGUCUCUAUCAAGAUGAGCUGGGCACCUGGGCUGCAUUUUCUGCUGGUUGGACUUCUGGCAGCUAUCGCCCGACCAGCAACUACAUCAUCCCAUUCAACCAAGUCUACACAAACAUCGGGGGCCACUACUCCACCAACGGCAGGUUCACGGCACCCGUAAACGGGCACUACUUCUUUGUGUUUAACGGCCAUUCCGCGUACCUCGGUAGUUACAAUGUGUAUAUAUAUUUCAUGAUAAACGGUAGUGCUUACAAGUCUAAUUGGAUUUACGACACUGACAAUGACGACUCCACUGAUACAUCUAGCAACAGUAUCAUUGUCCACUUGAACAAAAACGACUAUGUUUCCAUCCAGAUUAGAGGUAAUUAUGCCCUGACAGGGUCUGAGAGAACCACAUUCUCCGGCUUCUUGAUCCAGGCAGAUUAGCACAGCGUAAAGUGUGAAAGGCGUGAAACAAUAUGAGUGUGAAAUUCACAUCACAGCUAACAUCACCAGACAGGUAUUUUGAAUUAGAUGUUUUUAUUGAUUGUAUCGUGCAAACUGGUUAACAAUGUACGGCAAGACUGUUAUUGAUAAAUCCUUUCAUACCACGUUCAUGCA